GACGCGAAAGAGAUUGCAAGGGCUUUUCAGGACUCCUGUUUGGCACAUAUUCAGCCACACAGUCAGAAUCAGACCUAUGAUCAACGUGGAGAUAUGUGGAGAUACCGAGACAUGGCUCGUGCAGCUGACAUUAUGAGGUACAACACCCUUCUAGGAGUCAAGGGAAUCAACGUCCGCAACACGUUCAUCGAAUUUGAGGAAGAGGAUAGCUAUGGAGACUUUGAUGGACGAACUGGCUUCGGCCGUCAGGCUUCCGAACCAGCCAAACCAAGUAGCUGGAAUCGCCAAGUUUCAGAACAGACCACCGCCAUCACGGCUGAGGGCACUGAGGAGUCCGCAAUCGAUGUGGAAGACACUAUGCAUCUCUCACCUUCUGACUUUCAAAUUCAAGGACACGUCCCAGGGGAGAUGCUGGCGCAUGCAUCAAGGAUGGGAAGUGAUGUCGCUUUCUUGGAUGCCAUCAAGGCCGUGAAUCAAGCAGUGAGCAACAUGACGCAGAUGACACAGGGCGCAGCAAGCACCAUGCCAGUGAACCCACCCAAGCCUCAACUGCGCUUCUGCCCAAGCUGUGGCGCCAAGGUUCUGAGCCAAGCUCACCGCUUCUGUGCUUACUGUUGCUUCCCCUUCGGCCAGUUGCAAGAUGAGACCGUCCCACCACUAGCCCAGCAAACAUCUUUGUUGUCUUCCUCGCCGAUGCCAAGCUCCAUGGGCGCCGUUGAACAAGCGUUACUGGCCAACAUGCAGGCCGCAGCCCCGAUGCCUUCGCAGCCGGUGAUGCCAGGGAAGGUCUCAAAAACAUCCAAGGCCAACAAGUCCCCCCAGCCUGACAACGGUGGUUUGCUGAGCAAUUUGCGGCAUUUCCGCUACAUGGAGGCGAACCAGCUAGAUGUUGAGUUAGCUCGCGUGCUAUGCCUCACCCACAUUCGGGAAGAGCUGACCUUUGAAGUGCGACCAGCAAGCAGCAGACAAGUGAGAGAUCGUUUAGG